GGUUGCGGCGUGAAGGAAGGAUUGCUGCUGGAAGCUGGAGACUUCUCAGAAUUUUAUGAGUGCGCUGUGUCGAACCUGUUUCCUGCCAGCGCGAUCUAUUUUCAGACUCGGUUGCCUGCAGGUUGCCACGAGACUCAGUUGCUAACAAACAGGGCCAAGAAACCGCCUUGCCUCCGUCCCUUCCUCUGCCUGUCUGACUGGAAGUGUUUCCUGCCAGUCUGUUUCUUGCUGCUCAUGACAAAUCUGCUCCACCUUCAGGUCAUACAAAUGCAGACGACUUUGCUACAGCAUUCACUGCCGUGGUUUCAUCAUAUGUGGCCUGUUUGCUGGUGAACGAAGCGCUCACCACCGCGCCAGCUAUUCCAGAGUCUCGUGCAUAGUUCUCGCGUCUAAAGCCAGAAGUGGAUAGCUACCCUGAGCGGCUACAUUCUAACUCCCAGUCACCACGAUGUGUUUCGUCCUCCAGAUUCCAGGGAGAGCAGCCGCUACUAUGUCUCUCGUUCUAGUCCUGUCGCUGCUGAUGUCAGCAUCCAUGACAUCGGCUGCCCUCCCGCGCAAGCUUCAGACGACUGUAGUCUAUGUCGCUUCGUCGCAGAUCCCCGCGAUGAUGGAGCUGAAGGCGGCGCUGACGCCGUACAUCAACCUCACGUCCUGGACGGCCACGAACCCAUGCGCGGCGUGGUGGCUCAUCACGUGCUGGACCAACGGGCUGGUGCGGCGCAUGGACAUCAGCUCCAAGGCCAUCCAGGGCAACCUGCCGUCCGUCAUCGGCAACCUCACCAGCCUCGACGAAUUCUUCGCCACCACCAAUUGGCUGCAGGGACCUCUUCCCGACUCGUUCAGUCAACUCACAGCCAUCAAGAACCUGCAGCUGUUCAAGAACUACUUCGAGGGUCCAAUCCCCGCGUCAUGGGGCAACAUGAAGAACCUCGUGCAGCUGCACCUGAACCUUAACUACUUUUCAGGCGGGCUGCCCGACACCUUCUCGCAGCUGACCAACAUGCAGAAAUUCUAUGUGUCCAGCAACAUGCUCAACACCUCGUUCCCCACGGUCGUUUGCACCAUGAAGAAUCUGAGAGAGCUUCGCCUCAGCUACAACCGCUUCACUGGCUCCGUGCCCUCGUGCCUCAGCAGCCUCUCCUACCUCUACUACCUGUACAUCGACACCAAUCAGCUCACAGGCAGUCUCCCCGCUACCAUCGGUUCCCUUCCCGCCCUGCAGAACCUAUUCAUCAACCAGAACAGUCUCAACGGCCCUCUGCCCCCCACCAUCACCAAGCUCACCAACCUGCGCAUCCUCUUCAUGAGCAGCAACCCCUAUCUGGACGGCCCUCUGCCGUCUGACCUGGGCAACAUGGUCAGCCUCACAGACUUUGUGAUGGAGUUUGCAGCCUUCAACGGCACCAUCCCUGAUUCCAUCACCAAACUCACUAGACUCUCCCGCAUUCUGCUGGACAACUGCCGAUUCACCGGCUCCAUCCCGCAGGGCAUCAGCAACCUCAACGCGCUCACAGUGCUUUAUCUGGAGGGCAAUCGCUUUCACGGCAGCUUCCCUGCGGGCCUCCUCACUCUGCCCAAACUCAACCUCCUCAACCUGCACGACAACCAGUUCUCCGGCCCACUCCCCUCGGGCUUCCUCAACUCCACCAUAGUGACUGCGGGGCAGAUCAACAUCCACCACAACUACUUCAAUGGGCCCGCCACCGUUGUUGCAGGCAUUUCUCCCUACUGCCCCAAGGACCAGACCCGCAACGGCGUCUUCUACCAGUCGUCUCUCGCGUACAACUGUGUCAAGUACUCCAGUACCAGUGCGUGCGCGCUCGCGCCCAGGAUUGAAACCCAGCUUUCGCCUACCACCUGCCAGGCGUUCUGUGGCGCUGACGUGGCGCCGUGUGGCGGGCACGGCACCUGCUGGUUUGGGAUUGGCCGCAGCGUGUCUUGUGAUUGUGACCCGGGGUAUGUGCCGACCUUGGAUGGGCUGUCUUGUGUGGCUGACACCACUGGCGUGGUGGUGUGAUGUGGGGAUGUGGGGAAGAGUGACUUACAUCUGGGGUGAUGGUGGCAUGGGGUGUGACAAAUUCAGCUUCCAGCGUUUGGGGUGGGGAGGAGUGACUUGGGGUUCUGGCACAUUCAACAUUGGAUUCCGGAGUAUGCCGCUGCCGCCACACCUCAUACGGGUGUGUGUGAAAUCGUGACCCACAUUUGGUCGUGCCUGUCCGUGGUGCAGUUGAUACCAGUGGCUAUGUCUCCCUUUGUUUGGCAAUAAAUCCUUGUAUACAUAACCUGCUUUUUUGUAACGUCAUAGGUACUUGAUGUUACAAUGUGCUCUUGUUCUCACUGCCUCUGUAAGGAAUUCCCUUUUCCUUACUGGGCUAGACUACAGCGCGUACGCCCUCGACUCUCGGAAGUCCAGGCUCGGCCAACUUCUUCGGUCCAGAACCACUUGGCGAACCCAAACCUCGACGCGCAGCGCUUC